AUGGUAUGGGAAGCGUGUAUUCGUACGUCUGACCGGGUUCUCUUCCCCCUCCGUAGGGACUUAAUCACCGUCUCUCCUGCGUCCCUCAGGCCUGCAGAAAGUGCAGAACUUCAGUCCUUCAGUCCGUCUCCCCUUGCCCAUGGCGCAAACUCCAAAAGAGUGCAAGACCCCUUGGUUGAUCCAUCCGUAUGUAUCCCCGACGUGGGAACGGGGUUUUUGAUGGAGCAGCAAGCCGUCCAAGGUGAAGGCGAGGGAAAGAAAAGAAAUGGCGCGGCGGCGGCAGCCCUCUCCCUCUCCCUAUCCUAUCCGAUCCCGUCACCCGUGUCCGUACUCCAAGGAUCAAGUCGAGAUUUUCGCCGAUUGAUUACCUCUCGGCCCCCUCCCCGGUCGCCCCCAGAGCGUUCUAUCCGUAAUCAGCCUUGGUCAGAAUCUGAUAUACACACUUCCGCAGGGUUCAGGUCUCCGGGCGCAGUUCGUGAUUUGGUCGUGUUCCGACUCCCCAUGAGAGUUGAGCUAGAAAUGCUUACAGGAUGCCAGUCGCCAAAUGGUCAGCAGCAAUUGUUUGGCCCUAAGCACCCCGUUUGGAAUGGGCCUGUCUCUUGCUCCUGGGGGCGAGGCCCUUCAAGCCAGCUGAAUCACGGAUAUUGCCUCGUCUUUGGCAUUUCUUGUCCCCAGGCUCUGGUGAAGACGUCUAGCAAAACCUCGUACAACCGAUACAGGUUAAGUAAGCAACAGCACACAAAAACCGAGAACGGGUGGUGGACACUGGGCACUGGUCCCCGUGUCCGUCCCCCCGUUCAGCCGAACCUUGACCUGCUGCCGCUGCUGCUGCCUCUCCUCGUCAUGUGGGGACCUUGGACGCUUGGGAAACCUGAAGGUUUGUGCUUUGCCAAAAAGCGUAGGCCUUCCGCCCUGCGCGGCCCUACAGGCGAAACGUGUGACAUGUUCCCAACUGGAGGGUUAGCGCACUGCCCUAGCGGCAGACGGACCCUUGGCGUUGUGUCCCAGGCAGAGGAGUUACCUAGCUGUGCGGCGUGCCUGUGGCCGAAGGUUGAAGCCUUUCCCAAACAAGAGGGCAUCCCCGUCCUCGACCUCGGCAUGUCAGGGACUGGCUGGGAAGAGCCGGGCAGAGAAGAAAGGGGGGCGUCAAAGGGGAGGAGGAGGGGGCCAGGAGUCGUGGUUAGUCGCCGACCGUCCCCCCUGGCUCUUGACCAGCCUGCGAGCGAUCAAUCGCUUCAGGUCAGUGACAUCGUCGCCUUGCCGAAUUGGGUUAUAGAUUCGGGACAGGGAAAUGAGUUGCUAUCGCGGCCUCUCAACCCCUCAUUUUGCAGCUUCAUUAUCGCCGUUCUAAAGCUGUCAAGGAAUGAGGUCCCAGCUAAGCGCAUUCAAAGCUUUCCCUCGACCGGGCAAAAACAAGAAAAGGUUUAUCAAAUAGCGAUACAUCAUAAAGGGAGCCCUCGCAAUGCCAGGUUGGAGGUUCUACCAAAGGCUGAAUAUGACUCGUCGAGAACGCUCGCAACCUCCUGGACAUUGCUUCUUGCACUGCCACACUCGUGCCGGUGA